AUGGACGACACAGAAAGACCGGAUCCCAUUCUAAGACAGGUUCCUCUCAUCAAUAACCCAGCCUUUCAACCUCCCAAGGCAAUAACACUAAAUGCCAAUUAUGAUGUUCUUAUUCCCACUCUAUCUAAUACUGUAGUUCCCCCCAAGAUCAAUUUGGCAGAUGAAGAAAUCCAAGCAUGGUUGCGUGAUAUCAAGAGCACAGAGUUCCAGAUCCAGAAUGCAAUCGAAAACGAUGAGGAUGUCAAGAAGUAUAAGCAAUGGAUCAAAACCCAGCAGAUAAAGGUGGCUCCAGGGUUUUCAUUUGAUGGAGUAAUGCAACCACAUAAGCAGGAGGUUAAAGUGCUGAAGAAUGAAGAAGAAGUCAACGAAUUGGACAAGGUCUUUGGCAAGACAAGCAUCUAG